AUGGGCUCCAUCAACUUUCCGAAGGAGGAAGAACGCAUCCUCGCAGACUGGAACACCACGAACGCUUUCCACCGCCAGCUCGAGCUCACCAAAGACCUACCAAAGUAUGUCUUCUAUGACGGUCCGCCAUUCGCCACCGGCACGCCUCAUUAUGGCCAUCUCCUCGCCUCCACCAUCAAAGACAUUAUCCCGCGAUACUGGUCUAUGCGAGGUCGAUAUGUAGAGCGUAGAUUUGGUUGGGACACGCACGGAGUUCCAAUUGAGCAGAUCAUUGACAAGCAGCUGCAAGAAGAGCUUGGCGUGAGAGGCAAGGCCGCCGUCGACAAGAUUGGCAUCAAGGAGUACAACAGACGAUGCAGAGAGGUCGUCUUGACCUAUGCCAACGAAUGGCGGAGAGUGGUUGGCCGAGUCGGACGGUGGAUCGACUUUGAUCGCGACUACAAGACCAUGGACCCAACCUUUAUGGAGACAUGCUGGUGGGUGUUCGCGCAGUUGCACAAGAAGGGCUUGGUGUAUCAUGGAGCGAGGGUGCUCCCAUACUCCACCGCCUUGAACACGCCCUUGUCAAAGAGUGAAGCGCAAGAGGACUAUCGUGAUGUGCAAGACCCCGCCGUGACUGUCAGCUUUCCAGUGUUGCCAGCCUCGGAACAGCCGGAAGCAGUACGGGCCAAGAUCGAGGAGGCAUCGAAGGCAGCAGGAGGUGCGGAACUGAGCUUCGUGGCAUGGACAACCACACCCUGGACGCUGCCAAGCAAUCUCGCACUCUGUGCUAGCCCUGAGUUCCAAUACAUCAUCGUGCGCGAUACUCUAACAGAUAAGCACUACAUAAUGCUCGAAGCUGGCCUUAACGUGCUAUUCAAGGACCCCAAGAAGAAGGACAAGGACAAGUUCCAGGUGCUGCCGUACAAGAUCAAGGGCACCGAUCUGGCUGGCUGGAAGUACAAGCCGAUGUUCCCAUACUUCUACGAGGACUUCAAGGGCACUGCCUUCCGCGUCAUUAAUGACACCUAUGUCAAAUAUGACGAGGGCGUUGGCAUUGUGCAUCAGGCACCGUCAUUUGGUGAGGAUGAUUUCAACAUCUCGUGGCGCGAGAAGAUUUUCACACCGGAGAAGCCGGCACCCAACCCGCUCAACCCAGCUGGAGAAUUCACGAGCGAGGUCAAAGACUUUGAAGGCGACCACGUCAAGGCUGCUGACAAGAACAUCAUCAAGCACAUUGAGGGCCUUGGUCGUAUGGUACGGAAGUCACAGAUUACCCACAGAUACCCCUUCUGCCCUCGAUCCAAGACACCUCUCAUCCAGCGUGCUGUGCCUUCCUGGUUUAUCAAGGUUGAGAACAUUGUACCAGAAUUGCUCGAGAAUCUCGAACAGACACAUUGGGUGCCAUCUUCCGUGAAAACUGGUCGCUUCUACCAAUGGCUCGGCGCUGCGAAGGAUUGGAACGUGAGCAGAAAUCGCUACUGGGGCACUCCAUUGCCUCUGUGGGUAUCAGACGAUUUCAAAGAGGUCGUCUGCGUGUCAUCAGUCGCAGAGCUCAAGAAGCUGUCAGGAUACGAAGGAGAGAUCAAGGACCUUCACAGAGACACCAUCGACCAGAUCACGAUCCCAUCACAGCAAGGCAAGGGCACCUUGAAACGCGUGGAAGAAGUCUUCGACUGCUGGUUCGAAUCAGGAUCCAUGCCUUACGCUUCGUCGCACUAUCCCUUCUCCUACCCCGGUUACGAUGCCUCGGACGCCGCGUCAGGAACCUCACCAAAUGAUGGUCCUGGCAAGGAGCUCUUCACCAAGUUCCCAGGUGACUUCAUUGCUGAGGGUCUGGACCAGACUCGUGGUUGGUUCUACACUCUCUCAGUCCUCGGCACACAUCUGUUUGGCACCUUCCCUUACAAGAACUGCGUCGUCAAUGGCAUCGUGCUUGCAGAAGAUGGCAAGAAAAUGUCAAAGUCACUCAAGAACUUCCCUGACCCAAUGCUUGUUGUCGACCGAUAUGGCUCUGAUGCUCUCCGACUCUAUCUCAUCGAUUCUCCGGUCGUACGUGGCGAGCCUCUUCGCUUCGUUGAACUAGGCGUGAAGCAGAUCGUUUCUGGUGUACUAUUACCGCUUUGGAACUCAUAUAACUUCUUCGCUCAGCAAGUUGCUCUGUUCAAGAAGAAUACCGCUGAAGAUUUCGUCUUCGACCCCGAGAUUCAGAAGACCAAUCACAACAUCAUGGACAGAUGGAUUCUGGCUGCCACACAGUCGCUUAUCCAGUUCACGAACCAGGAAAUGGAAGGCUAUCGCCUGUACACAGUCGUGCCAAGACUUUUGAAGAUGAUUGACGAGAUGACCAACUGGUACAUCCGAUUCAAUCGCGAUCGCUUAAAAGGCCAGAGCCCGUCCGCUGGUGCCAAGCCGACUGCAAAUGGUGUUCAGGAGAAUGGUACUGUCAAUGGUGAUGAAGAGGAGGGCAGCAAAGCAGACACGCUACAUGCACUCAACACACUAUACGAGGUGCUCUACACAUUAGUGCGAGCGCUUGCGCCAUUCAUCCCCUUCCUCACCGACAAUGUCUUCCAACGACUUGCUCCACACCUGCCAGAAUCCAUCACUAAGGGUCAAGAUGUUCGGAGCGUACACUUUUUCAGAUUCCCGACAGUUCGUGAAGAACUCUUUGACACAACAGUGGAACGUCGCUUCCGUCGCAUGCAGAAGGUCAUCGAACUUGGUCGUCUUGCGCGAGAACGCAGAACAGUCUCGCUUAAGACACCACUCAAGACCUUGGUAGUAUUGCAUCCCGAGCAGGAAUAUCUCGACGACGUCCAAAGUCUUGAAAGAUACAUCACCGAAGAACUGAAUGUGCGAGAUCUGGUCUUAACCAGCGACGAGAACAAGUACGGCGUUGAGUAUUCGGUGUUGGCUGACGUCAAGAACCUUGGACAGAAGUUCAAGAAGGAUGCCAAGAAGAUCAAGGAUGCGUUACCGAAGUUAUCUGCGGAAGAGAUUCGAAAAUUCCUCGACACUGGUAGCAUCACUGUCGAGGGACACGAGCUGGUCGAACAAGAUCUUCGUGUUCAGCGCAAUGUCAAGAAGACAAAGGAGACAGAGAACAUCGAAGCUGCCAUUGAUCCUGAUGUGAUGGUUCUGCUUGAUGCCUUCGCUUACCCAGAGCUUGCGCAAGAAGGUCUUGCUCGAGAGGUGCUGAAUCGUAUUCAGCGAUUACGAAAACGUGCUGGAUUGGUCCCCACUGACGACGUCAAAGUCGUGUAUACCGUGCUUGCUCCCACAGCCGCUGAUGCCGUCGAUGGCGCGGUGAGCAAUGAUGAGAAGACUGCAAAUGCUGAAGUCAGCAGACUUGAGCAAGAGCGUGUGGUGGAAGAGAUGUUUGAAGGACAGAAGACAACAUUCGCAAAGGCUGCAAGCCAGGGCGUGGUUCGCGAUGCUGGUGGCAGCAACAUUGAGCCCGUUGCGGAGGAGGAGACGGAUGUGAAGGACAUCAGGCUUCUCCUGAAAUUGUUAAAGACAUGAGGUAAAUGGUUAUGGGAAGCAUGGGUGAUGUAUCGGCUUGUAAGCGUGACGACAAGACGCCGACUAUUGCGCUGAUAGAUUACAGAUGAUCACGGAAGUCCCGCGCAGACAUUUGCUAUGCUGUGCUGGAUUCGCUCAAGUAGCAUGAAAUAUGUCGCCUUUCCGAUGCGAAGUCAGUCGUGGCCUUUGAUGAAAAAAUUUGACAUCCUUUCAG